ACCCGUUUUCUAUGUAACACAUGAUGCCUACCAAGAAACUGCCCGCCCUCACCACCUACCUAACUAGUAACAUAUGUCUCCGAUCCUUGAACUCAAGUUUCGAUCUCUAUACAUCACUUCACUUCAAAGGGCAGGACGACAGGAAAGAUAAUUCAGCAGCUUCACAUAUCUUCUAUAGAUCCUACAGCCUUUUCCUAGAUCCCUAAAUACGACCUAUUGUCUUCUCCUAUCCUUAACUGCUCUCCAAACCCCGUUACUUUGUCUUACGGUACCCCUCAGGUCAACCUCGUUGUAUUAACCAGGGCAGGCCAUAACCUCCAGUGGUGGUAAACAACUAUAUUUUCAACUUUACAAGUUUUCAAUUUCAGUGCAGGUCACUUAGCUCAUUUUUUCCAACACACUUUCCAUCAUGGCUAGAGAGAGGACGACGUCAAUUAGCCUCGAGGCUCCAAAGAGGAAGGAUGUAGAGGAUUCCGGUGCCCACGAUCUUGUCUCCGACUCAGACGACCACUUUUCGGAUGCGCACUCAUCUCCAGAGAACAGCCCUGGAUCUAUUUCGCCCGUACCGCGGACCCGAGUUGAGAAAGUGGAUGAUGAGCCGUCUUACGGUGAAGUCCCGGGUACGGAAGCUUACCAGAAACGGACAAGGGAUGCCGAGCCCGACGAGAUUGCUAUUAUUCAAGAUAAGAAGCCAGAAUAUGUUUCCCCCGAUAGACCUGUAACGCCUGGGGGUCAUCCCAUUCCAAAGACUGUAGUCGAGGAAGCCGCAGACGAGCCUGGCUUUUCUUCUCACCGUCAUCGUGAAAGUCUCCAUGAGGCAGACGCCUCUCCAGACAUUAUUCGCAAACCUGAUGGUACUGGCGAGGCGAAUUCGACACCCUCCUCGCUUGAAACCACCAAAGAAGCAACUGAUAACGCGGCUGUAGCCCCAUCACUGCAAUCACCAACAACACAUCGACGGAGGAAAUCUUCGACAGCAAAGUCAACGGGAAGUUUUGGUGGAGGGAAUGAUGAUAGCAUUAACAAUGACGAUGACGAUUUUGGCGACGACUUUGACGAUUUUGAAGAGGGUGAUGAAGAUGCUGAUUUUGGCGACUUUAACGAUGGCUUUGACGCGGCUGAGGCAGAAGUAUCGACGCCUGUGUCUGCUCCUCAGCCCCAAGUCUCAAUUCCCUCAUUUCCAAUAUUGGACCUGGACGGUCUUGAUUCUGAAGACAUAUUGACUGCGACUGAACCGUACCUGGAUGCUCUAUACUCUCCUGAAGUACAGGAGCUCCCAGCCCUAUCAUCCACUCCUAAGGACAACCCUAUAUUCUUCAACCCACGGAGCGCCUCCCUUUGGUCACAACUUGCUGCUCCUCCGCCUCUUCAGCCUCCUGAUUGGAUCCGAUCCCGCAUAAGGCGUCUAUUUCUUGUAUCGCUUGGUGUACCUGUGGAUCUAGAUGAGAUAUUACCAGCUUCUAAACAGAAGAAGCUCGUGCUACCAUCCGUCCGUCAUGCCACCUCGAAUGGCUCGUUGCGCGGAUCAACGGAUUCUCGGUCUGCCUCCCAGCUCAAGAAGCCCGGCACCGAUAACAAUUCAUCAGUCUCCGUAGACUCUCAAGGCAAGGAGAAACCAAGGUCGGAUUCGAAGAGGCGGAAGGGGCCCCCUGAGGCACCAGAGUUGGAUUUAGUGUCAGCGAAGCAGCUGUGCAUGACCACAGAAGAAGCGUUAGCCGGAAUGACCGUCCCAGAACUCCAGCAGCACAUGAAGAAGCUGCAGAACAUGGAAGUGCGGGCUAAAGAGGUGCUCGAGUAUUGGAAGAAGCGUGCCGACGAAAAGGUCGGGGACAGAGAGGCGUUCGAGGGCGUCAUAGAAAACCUCGUGAAGCAUGCCAGGAAAACUAGGAAGUAGAAAGCGCAAUACAAUACAAAUAAUAUUAAUACCUACCACCUCGCUUUCAAGACUUACUCUUUGAUUCAUUUCUUGUUCUCUAGGUUAUGACAUUGUAUAAGUAGAGUAUAGUCCAAAUUCACCCUAACUUAAUAACGAG